AUGUCAUCCUUAUUUAAAGCUGAACUACCGGUUAAGUGCCAAGAUCCUGGGUCUUACACCAUCCCUUGCACCAUAGGAAAGAUUUACAUUAAAGGAGCAUUGUUAGAUCUAGGUGCUGCCAUAAACGUCAUGCCUUGGUUGAUUUAUUUGGCUCUAGGGAUUAAUGGGAUCACAGACACAAGUGUAGUACUCCAACUAGUAGAUAGGUCUAUCAGGUAUCCCAAGAGGAUCAUAGAAGACAUUCUAGUCCAAGUCAAGGAUUUAGUAUUCCCUGCUGAUUUCUAUGUUUUAGAUAUGUCGAAUCAACUUGCAAAUGAAAGCACUUUGAUUUUGGGAAGACCUUUCCUUUCUUGUGGAGAUGAAGCACCAUGCAUUAAUUCCCUAAAAAUUUAUAGCAUGCUUUCCAUUUCUCAAGACCUUUCCUUCCCAUCAAGUUUUGACUCCAUUUAUGUGUUUACAACUGAUGUUGGCCUUGAAAGGGGUUUGUUAGCUAAUAAUGCAGGUAUUCAAGAUGUGGCCGGUGCUGAGAGUGGAGCAAAAUCUGAGGAAAUGAGCCUCUGUGACAUGAGGUCGUGA